AUGGCUAAGGGGCAGGGCUUUAAGGAAUGGACAAAAGGUUUUUUUUAAAAGGAGGAAGGAGAAAUUUUUUGGGGGUGGACUGGGGAGACGGGUUUAAGGGGGUGGAGGGCCAAAAAGGGGUGGACCUGGGGGGGGGAGGUUUUUAAGGAAAUUUGGACGGAGGAGGGGGGGCUUUAAGGAGAUCGGGGGGGGGUUUUAAGGGGAUGCUGGAGAGACAGGGUUUUAAAAGGGGGAAAAGGGGGGGAGGGUUUAAAAAUUUUGGGGGGAAAAGGUUUUAAGGGGGGGGACUGGAGGAGACGAGUUUUUAAGGAGUGGACGGGAGUAACGGGUUUUAAAGGGGUGGACUUGAGGAGACCUUUUUUAAGGGGUGGACUGGAGGAAAGGGGUUUUAAAAAAAAAAGGGGGGGGGAGGAAAAAGGGGGGGGGAAAGGGCUUUAAAAAGGGAGGACUGGGGGAGACAGGCUUUGGGGAAAUAAAGGGAGGAGGGGGGGGGAAAGGGGUGGGGAAAAAAGGGUGAAAAGGAGAUGGACUGAGGGGGGCUUUAAGGGAGGGAGGGGGGGGUUUGGAAGGAGGGGGGGGGGUUUAAGGAGAUACUGGAGGGGGGAGGUUUUAAAAAAAGGGGAGGGGGGGGUUUAAGGGAGAGGGAGGGACAGGGCUUUAAGGAAUAUGGAGGGAAAGGCUUUAAGGAAUGGGGAGGAGGGGGUUUAAGAGAUGGAUUUAAAAAAAAAGGGGUUUAAGGGGAUGGGGAGAAAGGGUUUAAGGAAUGGACGGGGGGAAAAAUUUGGAGGGAUGGAAGGGGGGGGGGCGGGAGAAAGGGUUUAAGGGGGGGGAAAAGAGGAGGUUUUAAGGAGGGGAGGGGGGGGGGAGGCUUAAGGGAGAUGGGGAGAACAGGGUUUAAGAUGGCUGGAGGAAAAAUUAGGAGGCUGGGGAGACGGGUUUAAGGGAAAGGAGGGGGGGGGGGUUUAAGGUGGGAGGAGGGAGGGCUUUAAGGAGAUGGACUGGAGGAGGGAGGGCUUUUAAGGAGAUGGACUGGAGGAGGGGGCUUUAAGGAGAUGGACUGGAGGAGACAGGGCUUUAAAAGGGGCCUAAGGACACCUCCCGGGGCCCCCAAUCCCCCCUAAAAAUGGUCCCCAAUCUCACCUACGGGGUGGUCCCCAAAAACCUCGCAAUGUCCCCCCCCCCAGGGUGGUCCUCCAAUCUAUCCAGGUGGUCCUCCGACUAUCUACAGCAGGGUCCUCCAAUCUACCCUACAGCUGGUCCCCAAUCUUCCACAGUGGCCCUCCAAUCUACUACACAGUGGCCCCCCAAAAACUACCCGCGGGGUCCCCAAUCUAACCUAAGCAUGGCCCUCCAAUCUACCACACAUGGUCCUCCAAUCUUCUCACAGGGGUCCCCCAAAAUCUAACCUAGCAGUGCCUCCAAUUUUCCAAAAGGUGGUCCCCAAUCAAACCACACUGCCCCAAUCUAUCCCAGGCCCCCCAUUUCCUCCAGAUCUAACCUACAGAGUGGGUCCUCCAGCAUCUCAUCUACAGCAGUGGUCCUCCAGAUCUCACCUACAGCAGUGGGUCCUCCGAUUCUACCUACAGCAGUGGGUCCUCCAGAUCUAUCCUACAGCAGUGGUCCUACCAGAUCUCAAUCUUUCAGCAGUGGUCCUCCAGAUCUCAUCCUACCAAGCAGUUGGUCCUCCAGAUCUAUCCUACAGCAGUGGUCCUCCAGAUCUAUCCUACAGCAGUGGUCCUCUCAGAUAUAUCCUACAGCAGUGGUCCCCCAGAUCUAUCCCUACAGCAGUGGGUCCUCCAGAUCGAUCCUACAGCAGUGGUCCUCCAGAUCUAUCCUACAGCAGUGGUCCUCUCCAGAUCUAUCCUACAGCAGAUGGUUCCUCCAGAUCUAAUCCUACACGCAGUGGUCCUCCAGAUCUAUCCUACAGCAGUGGUCCUCCAGAUCUAUCCUACAGCAGUGGUCCUCCAGAUCUAUCCUACAGCAGUGGUCCUCCAGAUCUAUCCUACAGCAGUGGUCCUCCAGAUCUAUCCUACAGCAGUGGUACUCCAGAUCUCACCUACAGCAGUGGUCCUCCAGAUCUCACCUACAGCAGUGGUCCUCCAGAUCUCACCUACAGCAGUGGUCCUCCAGAUCUAUCCUACAGCAGUGGUCCUCCAGAUCUAAUCUACAGCAGUGGUCCUCCAGAUCUAUCCUACAGCAGUGGUCCUCCAGAUCUAAUCUACAGCAGUGGUCCUCCAGAUCUAUCCUACAGCAGUGGUCCUCCAGAUCUAUCCUACAGCAGUGGUCCUCCAGAUCUAUCCUACAGCAGUGGUCCUCCAGAUCUAUCCUACAGCAGUGGUCCUCCAGAUCUCAUCUACAGUACAGCAGAGACAGACACACUAUGAUGCAACAUGUAAAUGACAGAACCUCUCUUUCUCUCCUCUCUCUCUGGUUCUCUAUCCACAGUUAAUACUGACACAGAAACAGUGGUGGUGAAUGUCACAUACACAACCAAGGAGGAGGCUAAAGUGUAAGUAGAGUAAUUACUGUGUUUAAAUGAUGUCACUAUCAGUAUGGCAGAAACAUUAGACUAAUUAGAGGUGCUAUUACUGUGUUUAAAUGAUGUCACUAUCAGUAUGGCAGAAACAUUAGACUAAUUAUCCCCUCAUAGGGUUAGGGUUAGGGUUAGAAACAUUAGACUAAUUAUCCCCUCAUAGGGUUAGGGUUAGGGUUAGGGUUAGAAACAUUAGACUAAUUAUCCCCUCAUAGGGUUAGGGUUAGGGUUAGGGUUAGAAACAUUAGACUAAUUAUCCCCUCAUAGGGUUAGGGUUAGGGUUAGGGUUAGGAGCAUUAGACUAAUUAUCCCCUCAUAGAGUUAGGGUUAGGGUUAGGGUUAGAAACAUUAGACUAAUUAUCCCCUCAUAGGGUUAGGGUUAGGGUUAGGGUUAGAAACAUUAGACUAAUUAUCCCCUCAUAGAGUUAGGGUUAGGGUUAGGGUUAGAAACAUUAGACUAAUUAUCCCCUCAUAGGGUUAGGGUUAGGGUUAGAAACAUUAGACUAAUUAUCCCCUCAUAGGGUUAGGGUUAGGUGUAUGGCAGAAGGUUAGGGUUAGGGUUAGGGUUAGGGUUAGGGUUAGGAGCAUUAGACUAAUUAUCCCCUCAUAGAGUUAGGGUUAGGGUUAGGGUUAGAAACAUUAGACUAAUUAUCCCCUCAUAGGGUUAGGGUUAGGGUUAGAAACAUUAGACUAAUUAUCCCCUCAUAGGGUUAGGGUUAGGGUUAGGGUUAGAAACAUUAGACUAAUUAUCCCCUCAUAGGGUUAGGGUUAGGGUUAGGGUUAGAAACAUUAGACUAAUUAUCCCCUCAUAGGGUUAGGGUUAGGGUUAGGGUUAGAAACAUUAGACUAAUUAUCCCCUCAUAGGGUUAGGGUUAGGGUUAGAAACAUUAGACUAAUUAUCCCCUCAUAGGGUUAGGGUUAGGUGUAUGGCAGAAGGUUAGGGUUAGGGUUAGGGUUAGGGUUAGGGUUAGGAGCAUUAGACUAAUUAUCCCCUCAUAGAGUUAGGGUUAGGUGUAUGGCAGAAGGUUAGGGUUUAGGGUUAGGAGCAUUAGACUAAUUAUCCCCUCAUAGGGUUAGGUUAGGGUUAGGGUUAGGGUUAGGGUUAGGGUUAGGGUUGGGGGUUGGGGGUUAGGGUUGGGGGUUAGGGUUAGGGUUGGGGGUUGGGGGUUAGGGUUAGGGUUGGGGGUUGGGGGUUAGGGUUGGGGGUUGGGGGUUGGGGGUUAGGGUUAGGGUUAGGGUUAGGGUUAGAAAGGUAUCAGAGAGGUAAAGCUUUUUUCCCUCCUCAGAGCUAUAGAGAAUUCAACGGUCAUCAGUUUGAGGACUACUCCUUCAGGGUGUCGCCUAACCCUUACCCUCUCCCUCUCGUUAACUCUAACUCCUCUCCCCUCAGAGCCGUAGAGAAGUUGACUCUUCUGUUCUCUCACAGAGCCGUAGAGAAGUUGACUCUUCUGUUCUCUCACAGAGCCGUAGAGAAGUUGACUCUUCUGUUCUCUCACAGAGCCGUAGAGAAGUUGACUCUUCUGUUCUCUCACAGAGCCGUAGAGAAGUUGACUCUUCUGUUCUCUCACAGAGCCGUAGAGAAGUUGACUCUUCUGUUCUCUCACAGAGCCGUAGAGAAGUUGACUCUUCUGUUCUCUCACAGAGCCGUAGAGAAGUUGACUCUUCUGUUCUCUCACAGAGCCGUAGAGAAGUUGACUCUUCUGUUCUCUCCCCUCACAGAGCCAUAGAGACGUUGACUCUUCUGUUCUCUCCCCUCUCAGAGCCAUAGAGAAGUUGACAGGUCACCAGUUUGAGGGCUACUCCAUCAGGGUGUCGUACAUCCUGGAUAUGGAUGCAGCUCCGCCCCUACAGGCCCCACGGAUGCGUCGGGGGGGUCGGUCGUCCAGGGACCAGGACGGGCCCCAGCCAGGGCCCUCUAGGGGCUUCGGAGGGCCCCGACACAAACAGCAUGACUUCCCCCUCCGCAUGCUGGUCCCCACACAGUUCGUAGGAGCCAUCAUCGGCAAGGAGGGUCUCACCAUCAAGAACGUCACCAAACAGACACAGUCCAAGUAUGUGGGCAUCGUUGUAGCAGAAUUAUUCUAUCUGCUUUAUUGACACAUUUGUUUUCCUUCUUUGUUGGUCAAAAUCGAGUAUGAAGUAUGGGGUUAAUUACAUUUCAGUUAAGUCAAUUCAGGAAUUAAAUUACUGAAUUAACAUGGCACUGACCCCAAACUUAAAUAUGAUUACGUAUGCAGUCUCAACCUUUCAGUGACCUUCUGUCUGUCUCUGUCUCUCUCCAUCAGGGUGGACAUCCAUCGGAAGGAGAAUGCGGGAGCAGCAGAGAAGCCCAUCACCAUCCACUCCACCCCUGAGGGCUGCUCCUCUGCCUGCCGUAUGAUCCUGGAAAUCAUGCAGAAAGAAGCCAGCGAGACCAAGGAGUGA